UUUUAUUAAAGUGAAAAUAAAAAGUUUAUCGGAUGUUUUGUUAAUUAUAAAUCUCAUGGAGAUACGCUAGAAUAUAUUGUUUAGGAAAGAGACUAAGGUUGUUGAUGGUUGGGGACAUGGCAAUUAUGAAUAUACCAGCCAAUACAUUGUUUUCCAAAAAGUUUGAAAUUUAGGCCAUGUUAGUUAGUCAAAAGAACAACAGUAUAUCAGAGAUGUCCCUAAGUCUUUGUGUAUUAAUGGUAUGUGCUCCUAUAAAUAGAACUCCAGUUGCCUAGCUUUCUCAUUACAAGAGCAAAGCAAGAUUUUACGGCUCUACUACAUUUUUCUUUCUUAUUAAGAUGGGAAAUUUACACAAGUAUGUUGGGUUACUUGCUUUUAUAUUUGUGUUGGUGAUAGGAACAUUUGAAUGCCGAACACUGAAAAAAGAAGAAUUUGUUGAUAACUUUGGUGGAGGUGGCUUAGGUGGUGGUGCAGGUGGAGGUUUUGGAGGUGGUAGUGGUGGAGGUGUUGGAGGAGGACUUGGACAUGGUGGAGGUGUUGGAGCUGGUGGUGGGUUUGGAGGUGGUAGUGGUGGAGGUUUAGGAGGAGGAAUUGGAGGUGGUCAUGGUGGUGGUGCAGGUGGGGGCUUCGGAGGUGGUAGUGGUGGGGGUGUAGGAGGAGGAAUCGGUGGUGGACAUGGUGGUGGAUUAGGUGGAGGUGGCGGUACGGGUGGAGGCUUUGGAGGUGGUAGUGGUGGUGGUGCAGGAGGAGGAAUUGGUGGUGGACAUGGAAGUGGAUUAGGUGGAGGAGGUGGUGCAGGUGGAGGUUUUGGAGGUGGUAGUGGUGGUGGUUUAGGAGGAGGAGAUGGUGGUGGUAGCGGUAUAGGUGGUGGGGGAGGUGCUGGAGGAGGUAUUGGAGGUGGUUCUGGAGGAGGUGUUGGUGGUGGCUUUGGAGGUGGACAUGGUGGUGGUGCAGGGGGAGGAAUUGGCGGAGGUGGUGGCACUGGUGGAGGUGCUGGUAGAGGCUUUGGAGGUGGAUCUGGAGGAGGUGCUGGUGGAGGCUUUGGAGGUGGAUCUGGAGGAGGUGCAGGUGACGGCUUUGGAGGUGGAUCUGGAGGAGGUGCAGGUGGCGGCUUUGGAGGCGGUCAGGGUGGGGGUGCAGGCGGUGGUUUUGGAGGUGGUGCAGGUGGAGGGGCUGGUGGUGAUUGAGUGUAAAUCUAACAUAUUCAUGAUACGAUGUUAUUAUGAAAUGUAAUGUGUUAUUUAUGAAAGUAAUGAAAUAAAUUAUACUUUUUAUUAAAUAUGGCAUGGUCUUAUACGUAGAAUUGAUUCAAAUUUGAAAAUGUUUCUUAUUAACUAUAAGAAUUGUAUUUGAGUAAUAAAAAGAAAGGCAAAUCAAAUUUUUUUAA